AUAUAGCGCGGCGGCGAGCGCUCGGCAGCACAGACGCAGCAACAAGCAAGUCAACAUGAAAGCCUUCAUCGUCCUGUGCACGCUGGUGGCGGUGGCGGCGAGCGCCGCGGUGCGCGAGAAGCGCGGCUACAGCAGCGGCUGGAGCGGCUCCCUGGGCGGCUACUCCGGCGGCCUGUCCGGCGGCUACUCCGGCGGCCUCUCCGGCGGCCUCUCCGGCGGCUACUCCGGUGGCUACUCCGCGCCCGCUGCCCAGGUGGUCGCCGUCAACAAGGUGGUGAACGUGCAGCGCGAGGUCAUCGUGCCGCAGGUGGUCAACGUGCGCAAGAUCGUCUCCAAGCCGCAGGUGGUCACCGUCAAGCAGGUCGUGCCCGUCUCCGGCGGGUACGGCGGCUCCCUCGGCGGCGGCUACUCCUCCGGCUCCAUCGGCUACUCCUCGGGCUACUCCUCCGGCGGCUACUCCUCCGGCGGACACGGCGGCUCCGGCUGGUGGUGAACACUCUAGUCACAGACUCUCUAGUUAAUGUACAAAUUGUAAAUAAAAUAUAUUUUACUUUA